GGCGUGGCCUGGGGGGAAAUCUCUGAGGUCGCGGCCCGGGUCCCAGCCCGGGAAGAUCCUGGCUGCGGGGAAGGAAAGCCCGCACGCCGCCAUGCCUCCCGCGGGGCUCGGUGCCGCCCUGCUCCUGCUGCCGCCGCUGCUGCUCCGCGCUGCCCUGGCGGUUCCCCUGGAGCGGGGGGAGCCCAAGGAGGCGAACCCCGCCACCGAGAGCCCGGACACAGGCCUCUACUACCACCGCUACCUCCAGGAGGUCAUCAACGUGCUGGAGACAGACGGGCACUUCCGGGAGAAGCUGCAGGCGGCCAAUGCUGAGGACAUCAAGAGCGGGAAGCUGAGCCGCGAGCUGGACUUCGUGAGCCACCACGUGCGCACCAAGCUGGACGAGCUCAAGCGCCAGGAGGUGUCGCGGCUGCGGAUGCUGCUCAAGGCCAAGAUGGACGCGGCGCAGGAGCCCAAUGUGCAGCUGGACCACCUCAGCCUGCUGAAGCAGUUUGAACACCUAGACCCUCAGAACCAGCACACGUUUGAGGCCCGGGACCUGGAGCUGCUGAUCCAGACGGCCACUCGGGACCUUGCCCAGUAUGACGCAGCCCACCAUGAAGAGUUCAAACGCUAUGAGAUGCUCAAGGAACAUGAGAGACGCAGCUAUCUGGAAUCCCUGGGAGAGGAACAGAGGAAGGAGGCAGAAAAGAAGCUGGAAGAGCAACAGCGCAAGCACCGAGAGCACCCCAAAGUCAAUGUGCCUGGCAGCCAAGCCCAGUUGAAGGAGGUGUGGGAAGAACUGGAUGGACUGGACCCCAACAGGUUUAACCCCAAGACCUUCUUCAUUCUGCACGAUAUCAAUAGUGACGGUGUUCUGGAUGAGCAGGAGCUGGAGGCCCUUUUCACCAAGGAGCUGGAGAAGGUGUACGACCCCAAGAACGAAGAAGACGACAUGCGCGAGAUGGAGGAAGAGCGGUUGCGCAUGCGGGAGCACGUGAUGAAAAACGUGGACACCAACCGGGACCGCCUUGUCACCCUGGAGGAGUUCCUCGCCUCCACCCAGAGGAAGGAAUUUGGGGACACUGGGGAAGGCUGGGAGACUGUGGAGAUGCACCCCACCUACACGGAGGAAGAGCUGAAGCGUUUUGAGGAGGAGCUGGCUGCCCGGGUAGCUGAGCUGAAUGCCAAGGCCCAGCGCCUCAGCCAGGAGACGGAGGCUCUGGGGCGCUCCCAGGGCCGCCUGGAGGCCCAGAAGAGAGAGUUGCAGCAGGCCGUUCUGCAAAUGGAGCAGAGGAAGCAGCAGCAGCAGGGCCACAGCCAGCCGGCCCACGGCCCUGAAGGACAGCUCAAAUUCCGCCCAGACACAGAUGACGCACCUGUCCCGGCCCCGGCUGGUGACCACAAGGAGGCACAAACUUCUGAGAAGAACGUUCCAGAACAGUCCCCCGAGCUGCCCCGGCCAGACUCCCAGCACCUGUGAUCCUUCAGGGAGUCCCAGGGAUUCUCUUGAUUUUUUCCCCAAGACAGCUGAAGGGAGUGGGGCGAGGUAUGGCAGACAGCCUCUUCCCGGGACAGUCAACAUGUGUCACCUGCUAGUGGCAGAGUGACAGGCUGGCACCUCACGCAGCUGUGUAUCCACCGCCCUCAGCCUCCACAGCCUCCCACCCAGCAGUCCCUUCCGCCUUUCCCUUCAGAGGGAUCUGACUUCUCUGUAUCUGCUGGGGAUUCCCUGGGCCAGCCUGACACAGGGACUUACCAGAGGCUGGCCCAGGCUCGGCCCCUCUUGUCCCCUGCGUGUCCCCAGCUGCCAGGACCCUGCCUGCUGCUCUGGACCCAGCUCCUGUGGCUUUGUAGGACUUGGCUGAUUCCCUCAGGAACUGUCUGUCCCGUUGAUGGGGCCAGUGAUGCCUCUAGACACCAGAAACCUGGACUCUGCGUGAUCUGGAACCUACCCCCAGCCCACCCACUCCUCCCCACCCUCCUCCCCACGAAGUGACCCCACUUCACCUAGAAGAAAUGUCUUGCUCCCAGCCCUUCAGUCUGGGUGGGGGGAACCCCUGAGCCCUCACCCCCUUGUUCCGUGUUUGACUCUGUAUCAUUCAUCUAAAUACAUUUUCUGCACCAA